AUGGUUUGGGUGACUGACUGGUGUCUGUUGGAGGUGGAUAUUGUUUGUGAAGGUUAGUAUGCAUGAUAUAUUGACAUGAAAAAAUUAAUAAAAAAUCACCAACAUUAAACUGUUUACAAGACAAGUGCUCUUCAAACUUUUCACACCCUUGCAGUCAGUUCUUUAGCAUGAGGGAGAGGGGCUGUUAGUAUACUCUUCUAGCCUAUUCAAUCUAUUGCUGGCAGUGCUUGUCUACUCAACAGCACAACUGUAGGUGCUCAUACACAGUAAUACACAAUUAGACUGACUACAAGUCAAGCCCCCCUCAAACUUUUAACAUCUUUGCUAACAGCCCAUCUCAAUCCCCCAUUAUUGACUCUGUAACAAAACACAUACCAGUCUACUGUAUUCUAUUUUUGUUUACAGAUUAACAUGGUUUAUUGUAUGGUUAUACAUCCUCAUGAUCAGUCUUCAUGUCUUUCCAGGAGACUUGCAGUACAAACAAAUCUUCUGCAAGAGGUCGAAGCAGUGGGUAGUGAAGAAAGUGUACAAGAGGCUUUACCACAUGGCUGUAGAUGCAGAAAGGACCAGACGGUUGUCUACAAGGAGCCAGAGUCACAGCCCCCCAAACCCAACAUCCCUGCCAAGAUUGCCAAAACCUGCUAAACCAAAUGCCUUUACCCAACACAAAAGGUUCACCAGCUGAAGAACAUUCUGGAUCCUGCCUGGAACAUUCAACCAACACAACAUCAAUAUUCAGUUAGACUGAUGUUGUAGUAUAACAUAGAAUGCCUAGUAUGCUCACAACUGCAUUGUGCUAUAGAUGUUGCUAGCUGUUGUACAUAUGUAUGUAAUGGUGUUUUAUAUAAUAUUUUUUAUAAGUGUACUGACAAGUGACUAAAUGAUUCCAGCUGCAUCAGACUUCAAGUUCUUGAUCAAUUAAUUGUGAUAUUCAUGAAAUGUAUUUGGAUGAACUAGCGUAAGUAUUCCUGCUAAAACAAAUGACGCAGGGAGUUGGUUUAUCAUUUAAACUUAAUUUGUUGGCAAGUAAACGUUUUAAUAAACAGUAGAUUAGUCUGUCAGUAUAGCAAAUAAGUAGAUAUGGCUUGUAUUCAAGACAAAGUUUAUUUGCUCUGGUGACCGAGGUGAGUUUACACAGCAGUAUGCUUGGAGUUUGGGGUCACUUAGAAAUUUCAUUUUUUUCAAAAGAAAAGCAAUUUGUUUGUCCAUUAAAAUAACAUCAAAUUGAUCAGAAAUACAGUGUAGACAUUGUUAAUGUUGUAAAUGGCUAUUGUAGCUGGAAACUGCAGAUUUUUAAUGGAAUAUCUACAUUUGCAAGCCCCAUUAAUAAUAAUAAUAAUAAUAAUAAGAAGAAGAAGAAGAAGAAGAAGUAUGUCUAAGAUUUAACGUGUGGAGUCUUGCUUUGCAAGGCACAUUAAUAAUACAAGUCAGAAAUAAGUGGUACAUUAUUUAAAGUAUGGCUGCUUUCGCAAGCCACAUUAAUAAUAGGUAUGACAAAGAUUUAGACUGGGACAUUUGCUGUCGCAAGUUCUAUUAAUAAUAAUUAGAAUUAUGACAAAGAUUUAGAGUGGGACGUUUGUUAUUUCAAGUCCCACUAAUAACAUACAUAUUAGAUAACUUUCUGUAAACAGAUAAUUUCUUGUAAUCAGCAUUCAAAAGAACAUCAGAUAAACUGUCAUGAUCUGUCUCAUGUUAUCUAUUCUUAUUGUAAAACCAUGAACCAACAAACUAUAUCCUUAUAAAUGUUCAAAAUAUUUAUUCAUGUUUAUAAAUGAUGAAAUAUGUAUUUAUUCAAGAUUUACAAAUGGUUUGUUAUUGCUUAAUCAUGAAAGUGAUUGUAAAGUGUUACCUCCCAAUCAAUCUUUCUUUUUUUUUUUUUAGAGGGGCUUUCUCCUAUGUGAAACGAGUGACGCAGAAGGUGGGUAAAAUGGAGUAUGCUGCCAAGUUCAUCUCUGCCCGAGCCAAGAGGAAGGCCUCUGCCCUGAGAGAGAUGAACCUGCAGUCUGGGCUGGACCACGAGAGAGUCCUGUAUUUCCAUGAUGCCUUUGAGAAGAAGAACGCAGUCAUCAUUGUCACAGAGAUGUAUCCUUUUGGGAGUUCAUACUGACUGGUGCCUGUCACACAGAUUAAGUAUACCAUUUGACUUAAAAAUUGGGUAAAUUGGCAGCUAUAAUAGUCUUUCUUUUGGUAGACACACGCAUACACAUACGCACUUGCUUUCACACACACGCAGGCACGCGCGCACACACACAUGGUGACAGUAAUAAGCAUAAAGUUCCUAUGUUGGACUAUUUUUGUCCCUCAUUCAUCUCAUAUCAUAAUUAUGAAGUAUUUAUAGUGUCAGAAAUGUAUUUAUCCUUGAUCAAUGCGUCAAGAUGCAAUGAGGAGCUGCUGGAGAGGUUUACAAAGAAAUCUACAGUAAUGGAGUCAGACGUGAGUUGGUUACUGUGUGCUUGGAGGACACCCCUUACAAAAAAGAAUUUGUUGCAGCAAACUUCCUGCAAGUUUGUGGCAAAUUUGCUGCAAACUAAAUAGUGUGCCACAAAAUGUUGCUAGAAGUUUGCAAAUGUUUGUCACUAAUGGUGAAUCUGCAGAAAACUUGUGGCAAACAUUUUGCCAGAGGUUUUAUUCUAGUAAAUAAUUAUUUCAUAAUUAUAUUUGAAUCUGUGGCAAACCUGUGGCAAACCUGUGGCAAACAGUUUACCAGAAGCCUUUUCUGGUUAACACAUGAGUUCCAAGACCAGUAACUGUUAACAACCAGUCAGGGGGAGAAGAAAAAUCACUUAGAAAAUGGAAACCAAGUUAUCCAGCUAGCUAUCUACCAAAGUUAUCUGGUAAGUAUCUAACUUAUUAAUUACAUUUCCUAGUAAACUUAAAAAUGGUGUUAGCUAAUUGAUGCCUGGUUAGCAAUGACAUGCUUUAUGGAAUAGAGUGAAACACAUUGUGUUGCUACAUCAGUUUCAAUCUGUCAGCACCACUAGCUAGUGCUCAGCUAGCUAGCAAAGGUUAGCAAUCAUAUUUUUGCACAAUUUAUGUGAUAGCUAGCUAGCAAACUAAUGAUUUUUUGGUGAAUAAGAUUGUUUCUGUCUUUGUUAGCUGGCACAGCUAGCAAAGGUUGCAACAAUAUGAGCUGACUUGACAUCAAUCAAAAAAUCACUUUUGCAGAUGGAGACCCUUCCCUUAACUGUGGUGUUGGAAGACACGGCAUUGGGAAGAGGAUGCAUCAACACCCUGGAAAGAUGUUUGUGGUGUACUCACUCAUAACACUUUUUUGAGUGAUAAAUGACUGUCGUCUUCAAGUAAAUGCAUGUAUUAUUCUCAUAAAUGUAGCCCAUACAUUCAUUCUUUGUAACAAUUAAAUAUUUCAUUGCUUUAAACAAGUAGCUAGCACAUCUUGAUCAUGUGUUGUCCCUUACCUUUUUCUUUCUAGAAGCAAUACGUUACAAGGCAAAAAUACAGAUUGAGGUCUUCAAUCAAACUGAGGACAGAAAAAUAUGUGUGCAGCAGGUCAAGGCUUCUUUUGUAUUUUUAUUUUUUAUUUCACCUUUAUUUAACCAGGUAAGCCAGUUGAGAACAAGUUCGGUAAGCUGCUCUGACAACUGAUGCUUAAAGUUAAUGAGGGAGAUAAGUGUCUCCAGCUUCAGAGAUUUUUGUAGUUUGACCCAGUCAUUUGCAGCAGAGAACUGGAAGGAAUGGCGGCCAAAGGAGGUGUUGGCUUUGGGGAUGACCAAUGAGAUAUACCUGCUGGAGCGCAUACUACGGGUGGGUGUUGCUAUGGUGACCAAUGAGCUAAGAUAAGGCAGGGAUUUGCCUAGAAGUGAUUUAUAGAUGACCUGGAGCAAUGGUUUUGGCGACGAAUAUGUAGUGAGGGCCAGCCAACGAGAGCGUACAGGUCACAAUGGUGGGUAGUAUAUGGGGCUUUGGUGACAAAAUUGAUGGCACUGUGAUAGACUACAUCCAAUUUGCUGAGUUGAGUGUUGGAAGCUAUUUUGUAAAUGACAUCGCCGAAGUCGAGGAUCGGUAGGAUAGUCAGUUUUACGAGGGCAUGUUUAGCAGCAUGAGUGAAGGAGGCUUUGUUGUAAAACAGAAAGCCAAUUUUAGAUUUAACUUUGGAUUGGAGAUGCUUAAUGUGAGUCUGGAAGGAGAGUUUACGGUCUAACCAGACACCUAGGUAUUUGUAGUUGUCCACAUAUUCUAAGUCAGACCCGCCGAGAGUAGUGAUUCUAGUCAGGCGGGCGGGUGCAAGCAGCGUUCGAUUGAAGAGCAUGCAUUUAGUUUUACUAGCGUUUAAGAGCAGUUGGAGGCCACAGAAGGAAUGUUGUAUGGCAUUGAAGCUCGCUUGGAGGUUUGUUAACACAGUGUCCAAUGAAGGGCCAGAUGUAUACAAAAUGGUGUCGUCUGCGUAGAGGUGGAUCUGAGAGUCACCAGCAGCAAGAGCGACAUCAUUGAUAUACACAGAGAAUAGAGUCGGCCCGAGAAUUGAACCCUGUGGCACCCCCAUAGAGACUGCCAGAAGGUCCAGACAACAGGCCCUCCGAUUUGACACAUUGAACUCUAUCUGAGAAGUAGUUGGUUAACCAGGCGAGGCAGUCAGUUGAGAAACCAAGGCUAUUUAGUCUGCCAAUAAGAAAGCAAAGUGCUUAUUGAAAUUCUCGAUUAUCGUACAUUUAUCGGUGGUGACAGUGUUUCCUAACCUCAGUGCAGUGGGUAGCUGGGAGGAGGUGCUUUUAUUUUCCAUGGACUUUACAGUGUCCCAAAACUUUUUGGAGUUAUCAAAUCAAAUCAAAUUUUAUUGGUCACAUGCGCCGAAUACAACAGGUGCAGACAUUACAGUGAAAUGCUUACUUACAGCCCUUAACCAACAGUGCAUUUAUUUAAACAAAAAAAGUAAGAAUAAAACAACAACAAAAAAAGUGUUGAGAAAAAAAAUAGCAGAAGUAAAAUAAAGUGACAGUAGGGAGGCUAUAUAUACAGUAAAAUAAAGUGACAGUAGGGAGGCUAUAUAUACAGGGGGGUCCUGUUGCAGAGUCAAUGUGCGGGGGCACCGGCUAGUUGAGGUAGUUGAGGUAAUAUGUACAUGUGGGUAGAGUUAAAGUGACUAUGCAUAAAUACUUAACAGAGUAGCAGCAGCGUAAAAAGGAUGGGGUGGGGGGCAGUGCAAAUAGUCCGGGUAGCCAUGAUUAGCUGUUCAGGAGUCUUAUGGCUUGGGGGUAGAAGCUGUUGAGAAGUCUUUUAGUUAGCGUUAGUGCUACAGGAUGCAAAUUUCUGUUUGAAAAAGCUAGCCUUUGCUUUCCUAACUGAUUUUUGUAUAUUGGUUCCUGACUUCCCUGAAAAGUUGCAUAUCGCGGGGGCUGUUCGAUGCUAAUGCAGUACGCCACAGGAUGUUUUUGUGCUGGUCAAGGGCAGUCAAGUCUGGGGUGAACCAGGGGCUUUAUCUGUUCUUAGUUCUGAAUUUUUUGAAUGGGGCAUGCUUAUUUAAGAUGGAGAGGAAAUCACUUUUGAAGAACAUCCAGGCAUCCUCUACUGACGGAAUGAGGUCAAUAUCCAUCCAGGAUACCCGGGCCAGGUCAAUUAGAAAGGACUGCUUGCUGAAGUGUUUUAGGGAGCGUUUGACAGUGAUGAGGUGUGGUCGUUUGACCACGGACCCAUUACGGACGCAGGCAAUGAGGCAGUGAUCGCUGAGAUCCUGGUUGAAGACAGCGGAGGUGUAUUUAGAGGGUAAAUUAGUCAGGAUGAUAUCUAUGAGGGUGCCCAUGUUUACGGAUUUAGGGUUUUACCUGGUAGGUUCCUUGAUAAUUUGUGUGAGAUUGAGGGCAUCUAGUUUAGAUUGUAGGACGGCCGGGGGGUUAAGCAUAUCCCAGUUUAGGUUACCAAGCAGUACGAACUCUGAGGAUAUAUGGGGAGCAAGCAACUCACAAAUGGUGUCCAGGGCACAACUGGGGGCUGAGGGGGGUCUGUAGCAAGCGGCAACAGUGAGAGACUUAUUUCUGGAAAAGUGGAUUUUUAGAAGUAGAAGCUCAAACUGUUUGGGCACAGACCUGGAUAGUAUGAUAGAGCUCUGCAGGCUAUCUCUACAGUAGAUUGCAACUCCGCCCCCUUUGGCAGUUCUAUCUAGAUGGAAAAUGUUGUAGUUCGGGAUGGAAAUGUCUGAAUUUUUGGUGGCCUUUCUAAGCCAGGAUUCAGACACUGCUAGAACAUCAGGGUUGGCAGAGUGUGCUAACACAGUGAAUAACUCAAACUUGGGGAGGAGGCUUCUGAUGUUAACAUGCAAGUAACCAAGGCUUUUACGGUUAUAGAAGUCAACAAAUGAUAGCGCCUGGGGAGUAGGAGUGAUACUGGGGGCUACAGGGCCUGGGUUAACCUCUACAUCACCAGAGGAACAGAGGAGGAAUAGAAUAAGUAUACGGCUAAAGGCUUUAAGAACUGGUCUUCUAGUGCGUUGGGUACAGAGAAUAAACAGGGAAGAUUUCCGGGCGUUGUAGAAUAGAUUCAGGGCAUUAAGUACAGACAAGGAUAUGGAAGGAUAUGAGUACAGUGGAGGUACACCUAAGCAUUGGGUAACGAUGAAAGAGAUAGCAUCACUGGAGGUAACGAUUGAGCCGGUCUCCGCGUGUAUGGGGUGUGGGACAACAGCUAUCUGAGGCAGGUUGAGCGGGACUGGUAGCUUUACAGUGAAAUAGUACAAUAACAACUAACCCAAACAGCAAUAGGCUAGGCAUAUUGACAUGGGAGAGAGGCAUAACGCAAUCACAGGUGUUAUUCGAGAGGGCUAAGACAACAACUGGUAAUGGCAACGAAAGUUUGGGCUGAGGCUAAACAGAUAAACAGGAUGGGGUACCGUGUAAAGGAACAGUCCUGCGGGCAUCAUAAGGUCCAGGGAACAGCAAUAGGUAAGUCCGGGAGCAGUUCGUAGGCUGCUACAGCACAGGCGAGCAGGAGGCAUGGCUGUUGAUUGCGCGUGCUAGUGGGCCAGUGCUAGAAGAUGGAUCUUCAUGGUCGUUGCAAUUGGAAGCCUGUUGAAACCACAUCAGACGAUUACGUCGGCAAGCCAGUCGUGAUGGAUCGGCGGGGCUCCGUGUCGAAACUAGGAGGUCCCGUCCGGUUGACAGAGAGGUGGAUAGCCGGGAGAUGGGCCUGGCUCGAGGCUAGCUCAAGGCUAACUGGUGCUAGCUUUGGGACAAGUGGUGAUUAGUGGUGAUUAGCCAACAACAACAUCCAUUCGGUUGCAGCUAGCUAGUUGUGAUGAUCCGGUGUUAAGGUCCAGUGAUUCAGUGAUUCCGGCAGAAAAUCCGAAAUGCUCUGGGUCGAUAGCACGCUGUGCAGACUGGCCGAUAAUUGUCCAGGCUAGAGCUGGCUGGUAGGUAGUGCAGGCCACGGACAGUGGUGAAGACCGCUAACGGUGGCUAAUAGCAGUAGCUAAUAGCAAGUAGCUAGUUAGCUGGCUAGUUUCAGCCAUGGGUUCUUGAUAAAAGGUAUGAAGAAAUAAUAGAAUCCGUUCCACAUUGGGUGAGGCGGGUUGCAGGAAAGUAUAUUUAGUUAAGGAUGGAAAGUGAGAUAGAGAAAUAUAUACGAAAAAAUAAAAAAUAAAAAUAAAAUAAACAGGCUAUUUACACGAGGACACAACAUAAUACACGACCGCACUGCUAUGCCAUCUUGGAUUCUUGCAUGCAUGACUUUGAGAUGUAAGUUAACAAUAAUUAAUUUUGGAACAAUUAAUGCCUAAUUGCAAUAUUAGGCACAACUCAAUUUUAUGUUACUUUUCUUCCACCCAAGCCUUAUACACCUGAGUCAGGAAGAAGAGACAAAUAGUAGACAACGGUCUAGGUUGAAUAUCAUAAUUAGUUGAUUAGUUUGAAUCAAUUGUGCAAAUCUUUUAUACUCUGGCUCUCUAGGAACAGUUGGCCACACAUUUAAAGGUAGAUUUAGUAGGCCUAAGUCCCAGUUUAUUCUAGUUAAGUCAUUUGUUUAUAUAGCAUUUAUACAAGGCAGAAACAUUGUUUAAUUGCUGAAAAAUAUAGAUAAUGCCAGUUUUAGUGAGAAGCAUAGCAACAUCAAGGCAACUUUGUAACAGCUGACCCCGUUUUUCCAAAGCCUACCUUUUUAAGAUUCAGUAAUUGUUUUCAGUAUCCUAAUGUUGUUUUGUUUUGUGUUUUCUGAUUGUUUCAGCGCAUGCAUUCAACAAGCUUUGGACAAAGGACUUCCACAGGGCCGCCAGCUCCAAAGUUCACUCAAAAAGCCAAUAGUUCUGAACUGGGUUUGAUUUUGUUUUAGUUUUUUCAAUUAUUUCAAUUUUGUUAAUUAUCUUUUAAACAUCCAUUGGUUGAAAGCUCAUUGCUCAGUUAUCACUUGGCUCAUGAAAAUGCAGUAGUUGCCCUUUUAAACAUCCUAAGGUCAACAUCCAUAUAGUUUAAAAAUGUAUCUCAUGUAAAUGUUGUAGCUACAUAAGAGGAUUAAAACAAUUUAUAAGGGAAAUAUUCAGUCUUUGCUCUUUUUUUCAUUAGCAUGCUGAUGAUUUCAAGUUAUAUUGGAUUUAUUUUUCUCUAUUAAGACAUUGAAUACAUAUUGUUUUGUAUAUUUAGUACAUUUAGUAUGUUUCGUUUUUUCUGUGAGCAGCAAGUUCAUUUAAAGUUAUAUGCAAUUUGGUUGUGUAUAUACGCCAUUUCAAUGUUGUUAAUAAACAUUACAUAUUCAUAAUGGGUUUGCAGCAAAUAUGCAGCAAACAGUAGAAUGUUUGCCACAGGUUUCCCAGAAUUGUUUGCCAGAAGUUCACAAGUCACGACAAAUUUGCUGCAACAGUUUGCCACAAAAUGUAUUUGCCUGUGAAAAUAUGAGCAAGCAACAAAUUACCCAAAGAUUUGCCACAACUGUUUGCCAGAAUAUGUUUUUUUGGGAAGGCACUUCAUUAUGGGGUCAUGAGAAACAGUGACCUCUAUUGUAAGAUCCUUGAACUCUUGCCUGUAGCAACCAACCUGGCCCCUAGAAUUAUUCUCUGAGCAGAUACAAAGAAACCAAGUAAAUCCACACACUUUUACAGGAGUAAAUGUGACCUUGUGUAAAACUUGAUAUGACCAAACCACCCUGUGUCUCUUAUUGUAUAAGAAUUUGUGUCUCCCAUAAUAUCUUUACAAAAUGUAACAUACAGUAAUGACUGUAACAAAUACCUAUGCUUGGUACACCUGCAGAUCCGCUCCUGUAUGAGACAGUUGCUGGAGGGUGUGGACUACCUUCACCAUCAAAAUAUUGUUCAUCUGGAUAUAAAGGUAAACACGUCUUGACUUAAAAGAAAGGUAUUCUGGGUAGUACUGUGGUUUUUUGUAUUGCAGGUAUGUGUUUAGACAAGGAAUAUUUACCCCUGAAUGCAGUAAUUUGUCAAUAACAAGGUUUUGGGUUUCCCCCUAGCCUGAUAACAUCCUCAUGGCAGACCCCCAUGGCGAUCAGAUCCGCAUCUGUGAUUUCGGAAACGCCAUAGAGCUCACACCCGAUGAGGCUCAGUACUGCAAAUAUGGAACACCAGAAUUUGUUGCCCCAGAAAUUGUAAACCAAACUCCUGUGUCCAAGGCAACUGACAUCUGGUAAAAAUGCUGAAGGCCAUGAAAGUGUUAAAAACUUUAUACAUAUCACAAAUGGAUCCUCUCUAAUUAUCUUUUUUUCUUCCCAGGCCGAUUGGAGUCAUCACAUAUCUGUGGUAGGUACACGUUAAAUGUGUCUUAAAUUUGGUGUGUCUGUACAGUGAUUACAAAACCAAUCAUAAGAUUAUUAAUUACAACUUAAGCAUGGACUUAUGCAUAUGCACACUUUACAAGCCAAUGGAUAAAUAAACACCACAUAUGUAGCUGUUGAUUCCUAUUUGUGUUGCUAUUAGAGAGAACCUAUCAAACAUGCCAGAUUUGCCCCCUCAUCGACCUGUAAUAAUAUUGGAACAUGGCUCUUGAAAUCAGUGAACAAUUAGUGAGAGGAAGAGAAGUUCACAGGUGUUUCUGCAUUUCAGCCUGACUGGAGUGUCUCCGUUUGCUGGAGAGAAUGACCACAGCUCCGUGCUCAACAUCAGGAACUACAAUGUGGCCUUUGAGGAGAGUAUGUUCGCUGACAUGUGCCGAGAAGCCAAGGGAUUCAUCAUCAAACUGCUGGUGGCAGACAGACUGUGAGUGGCAACUAUAGAUUUUAACAUGUUCAGGCCAAAACUUGAGAUGUCCAUGUGCUAUUUCAAAUUUCAGGUAAAUCAUGCGUUUGAUUGAAUAAAUGUUCAAGACAAUUUGAGUUGCAGAUAUCAAGAUAGGAUUUGUCCCUUCUAGAUUCACGUUUCUUUAGUUCUUAUACAUUUGUGGGCUUCUUCGGCCUAACUAGAAAUCAAAUGUAAAAUGGAAUCAUGUCAUCCUUUAGGAGGCCUGACACACAAGAGGGUCUCCGUCAUCCAUGGUUCAAGGUGAGACAUGUAAACUUUGACUCAUAUGUGACGCAUAACAAACAUAAUUGCUUCAGGGAUCUGUUCUGACUUGAGAUGCCUUAUAUACACUAUAUAUACAAAAGUAUGUGGACAUCCUUUCAAAUUAGUGGAUUCAGCUAUUUCAGCCACACCCGUUGCUGACAGGGAUAUAAAAUCAAGCACACAGCCAUGCAGUCUCCAUAGACAAACAUUGGCAGUAGAAUGGCCUUACUGAAGAGCUUAAUGACUUUCAACGUGGCACCGUCAUAGGAUGCCACCUUUCUAACAAGUCAGUUCGUAAAAUUUCUGCCCUGCUAGAGCUGCCCCAGUCAACUGUAAGUGCUGUUAUUGUGAAGUGGAAACGUCUAGGAGCAACAACGGCUCAGCCACAAAGUGGUAGGCCACACAAGCUCACAGAACGGGACCGCCGGCUGCUGAAGCGCGUAGCGUGUAAAAAUCAUCUGUCCUCGAUUGCAACACACACUACCGAGUUCCAAACUGCCUCUGGAAGCAACGUCAGCACAAUAACUGUGUGUUGGGAGCUUCAUGAAAUGGGUUUCCAUGGCAGAGCAGCCUCACACAAGUCUAGGAUCACCAUGCUCAAUGCCAAGUGUCUGCUGGAGUGGUGUAAAGCUUGCCGCCAUUGGACUCUGGUGCAGUGGAAACGCGUUCUCUGGAGUGAUGAAUCACGGUUCACUAUCUGGCAAUCCGACAGACGAAUCUGGGUUUGGCGGAUGCCAGGAGAACGCCACCUGCCCCAAUGCAUAGUGCCAACUGUGAAGUUUGGUGGAGGAGGAAUAAUGGUCUGGGGCUGUUUUUCAUAGUUCGCUCUAGACCUCUUAGUUCCAGUAAAGGGAAAACGUAACGCUACAGCAUACAAUGACAUUCUAGACAUCCCAUACAGAAAUGGUUUGUCGAGAUCUGUGUGGAAGAACUUGACUGGCCUGCACAGAGCCCUGACCUCAACCCCACCGAACACCUUUGGCAUGAAUUGGAACACUGACUGUGAGCCAGGCCUAAUCGCCCAACAUCAGUGCCCGACCUCACUAAUGCUCUUGUGGCCGAAUGGAAGCAAGUCCCCACAGCAAUGUUCCAACAUCUAGUGGACAGCCUUCCCAGAGGAAUGGAGGUUGUUAUAGCAGCAAAGAGGGGACCAACUCCAUAUUAAUGCCCAUGAUUUUGGAAUGAGAUGUUCGACAAGCAGGUGUCCACAUACUUUUGGUCAUGUAAUGUAAUUUGGUAAGAUAUUGAGUAACACAUUCUAAUCUAUUCUGUCUUUAUUUUUUCAUACAGACCCUUACCAAGGGGAAGGCCAUAAGCACAGAGACCCUCAAGAAGUUUGUGUCUCGCCGAAAGUGGCAGGUCUGUCAUCAAAGCGUGUUUAUUUUUUUUUAUUGAAUUGUGUCUGCUUCCAUCUUAUAUUUGGUUAUGUCCGUCUUUUGCAGCGGUCCCUUAUCAGCUACAAAUCCAAAAUGGUCAUGAGGUCCAUCACUGAGUUGCUGAAUGACUCAUCCAGCCACAUCUCCAUCGCUGUUCCCAGACACCUGAAAGAGGGCUCACCCCCACCAUCAUCGUCCUCUGACUCCGACGAAGACAUUGACGAGCUGCCCUUCAUUCCAAUGCCACUCACCAUGGAGUUCUCCGGAUCAAGAAUGUCUCUAAAUGAGAUCCAGGAAGAUCAGGAAGGCAAAGGACGGCCAAACAGCACCAUUGAUAGGCCAGGGUUUGCAGUCACUCAUGGCCAAGAUGUGAUGGAGUGUGAAUCCACAGGGAAAGAAAAAGAGGCUGGAGAUUCCGCAGGUAGGGGGCGUGCCAGGAAAAGGUUGACGCAAGAAAACGACAAGGGGUCUUCGGAUGAGGAGUUGGCAGAGUUGGCGCAAGUAUCUGAGAAGGCAAGAAGGACCUUGCACAGAGGCUCGAGCUUGGAGUCGGACAAGCCAGAGGGAGGACCCAGAAGGGGGAAGCUGCAUAGAGGGGGCUCUGCUGACAGCGCACUGCUACUCCACAUUGUUCCAGAAGAUAGCACAGACGAGGAAAUCACUGAGAAAGGCCGGCGAGUCCUCAAAAAGGCGGUAUCCAUGGAGCUGCCUAGGAGGAGCGUGAGCCCAGGUCCUAUGAGUCAGGAGGACUAUGCUCACAAACUGGAGCUGAUGAGGCAGAGGUUGCUCCGAGGUGGCUCCGUGGACAAGAAGAUGAGCGGCCUGCGAGGACCCCUGCUGGAGACACUGGGUAUGGACGAUGGAAAGCAGCGGUUGUCUUUGCUGGAGCGCUACUCGCGCGCUCCCCGCUUAUGGGUUCCUCCUUUAACCAAGGCAGCCUCCAGCGACGAGCCCAGAGAGGACGUGCUCAAACCCAAAUUAUUUCGCAAGAGCGCCUCCUUCAGUCAAGGAGAUGAUGCAGAGCCCAUUCCCCUGCACCGACGCACCGGGGCACCACUGGAAAUCCCGCUGGCUCAGAUAGAGGAGCGAAGGCUCAAGGAGGCCAUAUCCAUGUCUGCUCUCACUGAGCCAUUCAAAAAUGACUCCUGCCCCGUGACUCCCAGGGAACCUUCCCCUAAACUUCCCACACCAAGCCCAGUGCCUAGGGAACAGGAUACAAAAACCAAGAUGGAGGAAGAGGACUCGUCAAUAGACAAGGAGAUUAAGACAAUUGGUGAAAAAACUGAUGGCGUGACCACAGACAGUAAUGCAGACAAGAGAUCGAGCACAAGUGGUUUCUCAGAGAAGGACAUGAGCAUGUCAGAAAAAGCAAUGAUUGAACCAGAGUACGUGGCCCCGAGGGAGCCUAUCCCUCCUUGGAGGAAGUAUAGCCCUCCUGUGAGGGUUCUUACAUUAGAGGAACAAAUGGAGAAGGAGAAAGAAGAGAUUAAGGAAAAUGAGGCUGUUCCUGUUGUUGAACCAAAAGCUAGGGAAGUUGAGGAAGCACACAAAGAAAUACAAAAAGAAGUCAAAGAAUUAGAAGAGGAAGUGAAGGCACCAGUGAAAUCUUCUGAGAUGGUCAUUACUACAAGUUCUAAUAGGGUCACGCCAGCACCAGCAUUUUCAAGGGCACCAACAAAUGUUGUGACUCCCUCUCCACCUGCCCUAACUGUGCUCCCAGAUGGUAGGACCUCUGCGUACGCUAGCAUAAUGCAGACCAUCAUGGUCCCAUUGCUUCAGCACCUAGUUAGCCCCCCGUUAGCAGACUCCACCCCUGUGGUUGUUCCAGUCCUUGCACAAGCCUCAUUUCUAGCACCAACAUUUAUACCCACACCUACACCUGUCUCUGGCCCAAAGAAGCUAGUCAAUCUGCUAUCUACACCAGGGGAACACCCUGCAGUCUUUUCAAGGGUGGCAUCCCCUGAGCCCAAAGAAUCGAGUACACCCAAGGUUUCCCCACGCCCUACGCCCCAGUGUGAGCUCUCGCCAGUGGGACAAAACCUCCAGGACAUUGCCUCUGAGGAAGUAUUUGAGGCCCGCUUCAAAAAGCGUGAGUCUUCCCUAACGCGAGGCCUGCAGCUUCUCAACUGGUCAAAGCCUGAGGAUAAACCAGUAGCCUCUUUGGACUCUGCCGAGUCAGGUGAAGAUGUAUACCGCCCUGGGCCCAUUGGAGCGCCAUUGGAGUUUGUCCCCAGGAGACUGGAGGAGAAGUCCAAGUCAGUGCAGGAUCUUCGCGAGGCCCAGAAGGACCAAGGCUUCAUGAGGAGGCUUUCCUUGCGCCUCAAGAGGACUCCGUCAACUGAACGCAAGGAAGAAAAGCCCAAAAAGAAAGAACCGGUGGCUCCCAGGCGCCGGCUCUCCUGGGCUCUCCGCGGCCGAAGAGGAUCCCAUUCCCAGGAGAGGAAGGAGGUGGAGAUGAUGAGGAUGGAUAGGGGAAUGGAAGACAAGGUAAAGCAGGAGGUCAAGGAGCAGAAAAAGCCCAACGAGUCACUGGUCAUGGUCAUGCAUAGGAAUAUCGAGUCAACGGUGUCCGGAAUAUCCAUGAGGAUCCGCAGUGCCUCGGAGGAGAGAAGAGUAGCGACCGAGGAGAGGGAAGCCAACAAGCCAGAGAGCAAGAAGACACCCCUAUUCUCCAUUCUACGCAGGUCGACUUCUGAGGGACGUAACCUUAAGAGUAUGGCUGGAUCCGGUAUCCCUCAGAACCAGCUGGCUUCUCAGUCAGGCACCGGAGCCUCCUCAGAGUCCCUGGAAUCCAUGUUCAGCAUCAAGUCGGAGAAAGCAUCCAAGGGUACGAGACUUCUUCCCUUUGAAAACAUUCAAUCAAAUAUAGAGAUACAAUUUAUUUUGAAUUAACAUAUUCCCCCUGCACCUGAAAAGGUCAUAUGUUUCAUUUCAAGAUGAUUACUCAGAAGAAUUAGACAAAACAUAACUUUAACAAUGAAAAGGUGCAGUUUCACUGCACAGAUUCAAUGUCACUAUUUUGCAGUGCUUGAAUCCAAUUUUAAGGAUGCAGGUUCUUGAACAAUUUAUUUUUAUUGACUCAGAGGACUGGUACAUGUCAGAAGAAUUAUAACACAUUGUUUUUUACAAUUAUGCAAACCCUCCCACGCCCUUCAUCAACCAAACCUUUGUUCUUACAUACUGAGAUGACAUACAAGAAAAAAAUAUAUCUUCCCAAAGAGGCUUCCCUAUGUGUGCUAACCUCACGUUUUUUCUUAAUUACUAUUUCUGUUGAUUUCAGUUUGAGAUAUAUUUGUUCCCUCCGGCAGGGGCAGAGGGCGAACGUAGGUCCCGAUGGGACCGUUGGGGCCUAACCAGAGGCAGCAAGAAGGACAAGACGGUAUCACAGCCUGAUAUCCCCACGGCUAUUGCCAGAGAGAAUGACUCCCUACACUCCCGCUCAUACUCCAGACUGGCAUCUAGUAAUCCUUAAAGUCCUUAAUUUCUUAAAGUUCAUCCAAAUUACAAUAUUUCAUAUUGGUUUCCUUACCCUGUAAGCAGUCAGCAGUCAGUGGACAAGGAGAAACAGCAAUCCAUGAUAAUGCCUUGGUUUUGUUUACCUGGCUGUUGUAACUAAAUGUUAACUCCAGCAAUUUUGUCCAAAAAACAAUGCCAGUCAAUGUACCCCAAAUUAGCAUAUGUUAAAUGUCAUGCCAAAAUUAUCCCUAAGUGUCUCAAAUUGAUUGUGUAGCUCAAUUAAGUUGAUUUUAACUGUCCUGAUUUCUGCAUUAUUCAAUUGGCCCAAGCAAGCAGCAACACCACUGAACUUUUUCCUCCCCCUGAGUAUGAGUACUGCCUGUUGUCAACGUGUCACUGUAGUUAGCUAGCUAGGUUAACAUUUGCUCACCUGGCUAGUUGUAGAAACAUUAUCCAGCUAUCAAGUUAGCUAAUAAGCUAUAGUCCUCCCUUCUACAAAUUGAAUUCGGAGGUGUGGAGAAUAGCUGUUACAUUACCACAUUAGCUAAUGUUAAAAUCAGUCACAGUUAGUUAAGCAAGCUAGCUAUUGAGGUGCAUUUGUUCAAGAUUGUACAUACAGUGCCUUCGGAAAGUAUUCAGACCCCUUGACUUUUUCCACAUUUUGUUACGUUACAGCCUUAUUCUAAAAUUGAUUAAAUAAAACAAUUUCCUCAGCAAUCUACACACAAUACCCCAUAAUGACAAAGCAAAAACAGGUUUUUAGAAUCUGGGGAAGGGUACCAAAACAUUUCUGCAGCAUUGAAGGUCCCCAAGAAAACAGUGCCCUCCAUCAUUUUUAAAUGGAAGAAGUUUGGAACCACCAAGACUCUUCCUAGAGCUGGCCGCCCGGACAAACUGAGCAAUCGGGGGAGAAGGGCCUUGGUCAGGCACUCCACCAAUUAGGCCUUUAUGGUAGAGUGGCCAGACGGAAGCCACUCCUCAGUAAAAGGCAAAUGACAUCCCGCUUUGAGUUUGCCAAAAGGCACCUAAAGGUUCUCAGACCACCAGAUUCUCUGGUCUGAUGAAACCAAGAUUGAACUCUUUGGCCUGAAUGCCAAACGUCACGUCUGCAGGAAACCUGGCACCAUCCCUACGGUGAAGCACGGUGGUGGCAGCAUCAUGCUGUGGGGAUGUUUUUCACCGGCAGGGACUGGGAGACUAGUCAGGAUCGAGGCAAAGAUGAACGGAGCAAAGCACAGAGAGAUUCUUGAUGAAAACCUGCUCCAGAGUGCUUAGGAUCCCAGACUAGGGCGAAGGUUCACCUUCCAACAGGACAACGACCCUAAGCAUACAGCCAAGACAACGCAGGACUGGCUUCGGGACAAGUCUCUGAAUGUCCUUGAGUGGCCCAGCCAGAGCCCGGACUUGAACCCUAUCGAACAUCUCUGGAGAGACCUGAAAAUAGCUGUGCAGCGACGCUCCCCAUCAAACCUGACAGAACUUGAGAGGAUCUUCAGAGAAGAAUGGAAGAAACUCCCCAAAUACAGGUGUGCCAAGCUUGCAGCGUCAUACCCAAGAAGACUCGAGGCUGUAAUCGCUGCCAAAGGUGCUUCAACAAAGUACUGAGUAAAGGGUCUGAAUACUAAUGUUAAUGUGACAUUUUUUUUUUUUUUUUUUUAUAAAUUAGCAAAAUGUCUAAAAAACAGUUUUUGCUUUGUCAUUAUGGGGAUUGUGUGUAGAUUGAUGAGGGGGAAAAACUAUUUAAUCCAUUUUAGAAUAAGGCUGUAACCUAACAAAAUGUGGAAAAAGUCAAGGGGUCUGAAUGCUUUCCGAAGGCACUGUAAAGUAGCUUGCUAGUGUAAACUCACUUGUCAGUCUCAACAGCAUGUUGAUUUACACAGCUGUUGAAAGAGACUAGCUAGCAAUCUAUGAAAAACAUAUCAAGCAAUAUAUAUUUUUUUGUCGGCCAUAGCUAGUUAUGGGACUGUUUUUAAAAGCCCACAAAAUGGUGCCCUUUCUGUUGUGAGAUCUCCGCCUCUGAAAACAUCCCUUAAUCUCAAUCACACAAAGUGCCCACCAGAAAGGGGCAGCGCAAUCCCUCGCCAACAAAUCCAGGUGUUCUAGAGACACAGGGGGAUAUUGAAUUACAUAGGUUUUUGGACAAAAAUACUUUAUUAGCAUUUGAUGACAGCAGCCAGGUAAACAAAGGACUGCUUAAAAUGGAUUGAAAUGAUGCCCAUUGUUCUUAAUUCUUAAUCACAUUUCCAAUGUGUCUCUCCUCCAGACUACCCUCCAGUGUUCCACAUCAAGUUGAGGGACUACGCCCUGCUGGAGGGAGAUCCCAUCACCCUUAGCUGCCUCCCAGCUGGCAGCCCCCACCCACACAUCUCCUGGAUGAAAGGUAAAAGCUUAUUAUAAGAGCUAAAUGUAAAAUCCACCUCUAGCCUCCAGCCUCUGUGUAACAAGUCUUACAAUGCAUUAUAACUGCAUCAUAAUGCAUUAUAUCUGUUGGCUUUAAGUAAAGUGUACCUUUUUCUUCCUUCUCAGAUAAGAAGCCUCUGCAGAUUGAUGCCAGAAUGAACAUGAUCUCCUGUCCUGAUGGCAGGCAGCGGCUGAUGAUCAUGACGACCACCAAGAAGGAUGCAGGGCUGUAUGAGUGUGUAGCCACCAACCCCCUGGCUUCGGUCUCCAGCUCCUGUACCCUCUCCCUCACUUGUGAGUUAGAGUCACACGAAUCAGAGAGGGCAAGAUUGUGUGUCUGUGCGUGAGAGAGAGAGAGAGAGAGAGAGAGAGAGAGAGAGAGAGAGAGAGAGAGAGAGAGAGAGAGAGAGAGAGAGAGAGAGAGAGAGAGAGAGAGAGAGAGAGAGAGAGAGAGAGAGAGAGAGAGAGAGAGAGAGAGAGAGAGAGAGAAUUUCAUGGUUAUUUGUUGGUUUUCUAUAUGACAAUGUUUCCCUUUCUAUUAUUUAGGUGUGGAUACACCUCUUGGCCAGCUCAGUUGUCCCAACUAACCUACUCUAGAUUAGCGAUAAUUCCUUUUGAAUUCUGUUUCUUCACAAAAUGAUACCAAAUGAAUUACCAUCAACUUGAUAUGGAUCUUUAGACAAACUCUCUCGCAACUGACAAUCUUCUUUACCUAAGGCGGUAUUAUUUUUAAACACAUUUAUUGGUUUCGAUUGAACAGGACUGAGUUGCAAUGAUGAUAAUACCUCUCUGCCCUCAUAGGUCUACCCAAUCGUCCUGGGACUCCCGAGGUUCCCCAGCGCUAUAAGAACACUGCCCUGGUCCUCUGGAAGCCCUCAGACACUAUGGCCCCCUGCACCUACUCUCUGGAGAGAAAAGCAGAGGGUGAGUCAUGGUGUCCCAAACCACCCCCUCGGCCCUACCAACUCGCUCAGAGGGCCCUCCGUUUUCACAUGUUGCUGACGAAACUCAGAGGGAGACUUUCAGAGAGUGGCGAGGAGAUCAAUAAACCCAUCAACUUCAGGACACACUUGUGACUUGAAUGAUGCAAUUCAUGUUCCACAUUCAAAUAAAUUAACAAAUUCCCCCUGUCGUUUUAUAAGAUAUAAACCUCUGUAACAGUUAAACAUUUAAUUUGGGAGGUAUUGUGUCAAGCUUUGAAAUCAGAUAAAAACAAAUGCACGUAGCAUAUAAUUAGGCACGACUCUCGAUUAUUUUGUAUGAAAUUGCGCAAACUGUUGGUGUUACGAGAUGUCGCCAAGCCAAUAGAUGGCGCUGCUGUUAUGUGUAUCUGAGUGUGAUACUAAAUAGUCCUAGUGAGCCAAGUUAGGCAUUACUUACUAUGCACUGAAUGGAGCUGUAUGCAUGCAACAGAGUGAUGGUGAAGCAAAGACCUUAUAAUCAACAUUACCUUGCUCUUGUAUAGAAUAAACACCAUACAAAACAGUUGGGAUACCACUUCGUUCUGGAGCCUGUUGCCUUGCUGGCUUGUUUGCAGUAGCUAUCGGAGGGUCUAAUUAGCCCCUACACCCUCUAUAAUUUUCACUCCCUCAGCUUGUGCAUAUGGCGGAGGCACGCGUGAACGUGCAAAUGUAGAGCUGAGGGGCGAGGGAAGGGGAAGGGGGUGAUUUGGGAUUCAGCCACACACACACACAUAUACUACUUCAUUAGUAUAAUUUCAAAGUCAAAAUUUAAAGCCAUACUGUCCAAAUGCAGUUGUAUAAUUUCUUAAUUAUUUAUUAACAUGAACACGUAAAAAUAUAUGUCUAUGUUCUUUCUCCCCCAGCUGAGAGUAACUGGCUCAUCGUGGCCACUGGAGUGGCUGACUGUUACUACAAUGUGGUUGACUUGGCAGGAGGGGGCGCCUUCAGGUUUAGAGUGGCAUGUGUGAACAAGGCAGGCCAAGGACCCUACAGUAACCUCUCAGAGGUAGUGUGCCUGGACGCCUCAGGUAUGUACUACUUUCAUGUAUGAAGACCUAAUAGUCAUAUGAAUAGUAAUAUAUCACUUCAAGUUCAUUGAGUGUUUUCUGUCAUACAUUCCAUGUGGUUUAAAUGUUUGCACACAUGUACAGUAUGAUGUACUUAAGGCACUUGGAGAUUGACAAACUCCUGUAAACUCUUAUUCUCUCCAUCAAAUAUGAAAGUGUCAUAGCAAAGUCUUUUUCAUAGCAUUGUACGAGAGGGGGAAAAAAGUGACACUAAAAACUGUGUUAUUCUGAAUCAACAGUGACAACAAAAUCCAGUGGAUCAGUCAUUGUGAAGACAGUCCCUGCCGCACCAGUGGUCAAAACGGCAACAAUGACCGUCCCCUCCAUGAAGCCUGCGCCUAGUAAAGUGGUGCACCCUGUCCCAUCUUUUGCCCCAUCCAGACAGACACUGUCCCCCUCCGCUGCCGCUCCCUCUUCUGCUGUACCAGCGGCCAAACCUAUCGCUUCUACCCCCGCUUCUAAACCUAUUGAUUCCAAACCCUUAGUCCCUCAGACCCCAACCAGCACUGCCUCCACCCCCAUGAUUAUUAGUGCGGUCCCGUCCCACCGGGCCAUCCCUGAGAUCCAAAGCCCGGCUCCGGCUCAGCCCGCCCCAGCCCCGGCCAAAGCAAAGACCACCCUCAACAUCAACAUCAACGUCACGAAACCGACACCGUCUCAAUUAGCAACCAUAACCAAGCUCGCUCCCCCUAUCGUUCUCCCCAAACCCCAGAGUCCCGUCAAUAUCGUCUCGCCCAUGAUUAAGACUCGGCCCCCACUCGUGGCCCCUCCGCCCACCAUCGGUAAACCCAUUUUGUCUGUGCCCAUGUAUGCACCAAUACUGGCUGCCACAGCACGUGUCACCUCACCCUUCCUCUCCACCCCCUCCCCCGCCAUCUCACCCCCAGUGGUGCUAGUUUCCAGCAUGAGUCCGGUAGGGGAGGGUGGGGUUACACCCACACGUAUGACGCCGUCAGGACGAAGGACGCCCUUGGGGGGACGCCCUGGUGAGAGCACCCUGCUCCAGGGAGUGCCCCAGAAACCAUACACCUUCAUGAAUGAGAAGGCCAGGUAAUGGAAGUAUGGAAAAAGUAAUGUCCACAAUGCUCCCACUGUGAUAUGCUCAGGGAUUAGGCUCCCACAGUGGUUUAUUGAACUGUGUAACCUAUACAAGAAAGUAACCCAUGCAAACAGCUGCAUAGAUUUUAGUUUUCUCUUCAAUGCUGUGCAAUUUCAGGGUUAUAACAUUGAAUGGGGUAAUGACUGUCACGGACGAUGAAGGACGGGUCAGACCAAGGCGCAGCGUGAAAUGCAUACAUGUUUAUUUAAUCAAAAUAAACACACGAAGAAAACAACAAAACAACGUAACGUGAAGUCCUCAGGCUAAACACAAUACAAGUCUAUACACGAACAAGAUCCCACAACUAAUGAUUACCAAUAGGCUACUAAAGUAUGAUCCCCAAUCAGAGACAACGAGUGACUGCUGCCUCUGAUUGGGAAUCACACCCGGCCAAACAUAGCAACACAAACCUAGAAUGAAAACAUAGAAAUACUAACAUAGAUAUCCACACCCUGACUCAACAUACAAGAGUCCCAUAAGUCAGGGCGUGACAGUCCCCCCCCCCCCCCCCCCAAAGGUGCAGACUCCGACCGCACAAACCUGACAUAACAGGGUAGGAGUCCGGGUGGGCAUUCCGCCUCGGAGGCGGAUCCGGCUCCGGGCGUGACGACCACAUCUCAGCCUCCCCGUUGCGCCCCUGGUCUGGUCUGGACCUCGGCGCGCUGCUUCCCCUCUCCUUCCUCCCACGAUGCACCAAGCCCUGUCUGGGCCCUGGUGUGGGAGACCCCGAACCUGGAGCGUGGCUGAUGUCUGGGUCUGGACUGGAGCUGCUGACCGGAGCUGGACUGGGCACCGGUGGAGCAGACUGCUCUGGCUCCGGAGUGGAGCUGCUGACCGGAGCUGGACUAAACCCCGGUGGAGCGGACUGCUCUGGUUCCGGAGUGGAGCCGCUGACCGGAGCUGGACUAGGCACCGGUGGAGUGGACUGCUCUAGCUCCGGAGUGGAGCAGCUGACCGGAGCUGGACUGGACCCCUGUGGAGCGGAAUGCUCUGGCUCCGGAGUGGAACUGCUGACCGGAGCUAGACUGGACACCGGUGGAGCGGACUGCUCUGGCUCCGGAGUGGAGCAACCGACCAGAGCUGGAUCAGGCACCGGUGGAGCGGACUGCUCUGGCUCCGGAGUGGAGCAGCUGACCAGUGCCGGACCAGGCACCGGUGGAACGGGCACGGUCCGUGCCGGACUGGACACACGCACCACUGGUCUGGUGCGAGGAGCAGGCACGGGCCGGACCGGACUAGGAACACGCACCACUGGCUUGGUGCGAGGAGCAGGAACGGGCCGUACCGGACUGGGAACCCACACCACUGGCAUGGUGCGAGGAGCAGGAACGGGCCGGGCCGGACUGGUGACACGCACCACUGGCUUGGUGCGGGGAGCAGGCACGGGCCGUACCGGACUGGGAACACGCACCACUGGCUUGGUGCGAGGAGCAGAAACGGGCUGGCCGGACUGACGACACGCACCACUGGCUUGGUGCGGGGAGCAGGCACGGGCCGUACCGGACUGGGAACACGCACCACUGGUCUGGGGCGAGGAGCAGGAACGGGCCGUACCGGACUUGGAACACGCACCACUGGCCUGGUGCGAGGAACAGGAACGGGCCGGGCCGGACUGGGAACACGCACCACUGGCUUGGUGCGUGUUUGGUGGGAUCUUCUGUCACGGACGUUGAAGGACGAGUCAGACCAAGGCGCAGCGUGAAAUGCAUACAUGUUUAUUUAAUCAAAAUAAACACACCAACAAAACAACGUAACGUGACGUGACGUCCUCAGGCUAAACACAAUACAAGCCUAUACACGGAACAAGAUCCCACAACUAAUGAUUACCAAUAGGCUACUAAAGUAUGAUCCCCAAUCAGAGACAACGAGCGACAGCUGCCUCUGAUUGGGAAUCACACCCGGCCAAACAUAGAAACACAAACCUAGAAUGAAAACAUAGAAAUACUAACAUAGAUAUCCACACCCUGACUCAACAUACAAGAGUCCCAUAAGUCAGGGCGUGACAAUGACUGUGAAGGAAACAGUCAAGACAUCAACUUCUUUCAUAUUUUAGAGACAGCAUUUCCCUCAAGACUGUCUUUCCAUAUUAUUAUUAUUAUUAUUGUAUUUAUUUACGUAUUCUUUUGUAUUAUGCAUCCCCCUGGAAAUCGACCUUUCUAUAAUUCAGUUAGAAUUACUAUUGAGUCAGUUGUAAUGUUGAUACAUUUAGAGAGACAUCAUAUAUUAUAAGCCUCAUUAUAAGACAUUUUAAAGGUUUGUACACUUAUAACAACUUAUAAAGCAUAAUACCUCAAGAUUGUUGUCUCUUUGUUUGUCUUAAAGGGGCCGCUUCGGCGUGAUCCGAGAAUGUAGAGAGAACGCCACAGGCAACCUGUUCAUGGCUAAGAUCGUGCCCUACGAGGCAGACAACAAACAGACGGUGCUGCAGGAGUACAACAUCCUCAAGUCCCUCCACCACGAUAAGAUCAUGGCUUUGCACGAGGCCUACGUCACGCCCCGCUAUCUGGUGCUCAUCUCAGAGUGCUGCAGUGGGAAAGAGCUCCUCUACAGCCUUAUCGACAGGUCAGACAGCACAAAUCCUUAGGUGUAUCAACUAAUGGAAAUAAAUGGCAUAUUCCGGUUAUAUGUUUUUGUACGUGAUGAUUGCUUUUGCUCUGUAUAGUGUUCCUGGGUCAGGUUUGGGGUCAGUACCAUCUAAUUUCCUCAUUGAAAAGCAAUUUACCAUCAAGGACCACUUUGGAAAUGAGUGUUUAAUUGAAGUGCUAUCCUCUGGGGAUGCAAUGCACCACUUGUGGUAUAAUUGUUUUACCCAAAUAAAUUCAAUUCAAAUCAAAUUACAAGAAAUUGGAAUUGGAAUUUCAGUUCACUUCCUCAAUUGACAAAAUUGAAAUUAAAUUGACCCCAACCCUUUCAUCCUUUGUUGUCCCUCUCACCCCCCCUACUAGAUUCCGCUACUCAGAGGAUGAUGUGGUGGGCUACAUCGUUCAGGUUCUGCAAGGUUUGGACUACCUGCACAACCGCCGCAUCCUGCACUUAGACAUCAAGCCGGAGAACAUCAUCAUCACAUACAUGAACAUGGUGAAGAUCAUCGACUUUGGAAGCGCCCAGACCUUUAACCCACUCUUCCUCAAGCAGUUCAACCCUCCUGUUGGAACUCUGGAGUUUAUGUGUAAGUCGUGAGGAUUAUCUAAAUCAAGGUGUCUCAACCCAUUCCUGAGGUUUGAAACACGGGCUGAACAUUUUUAUUUUAGCCUAAACUAACAUACUGUACCUGAUUCAACUUAUCAAUCAAAAAUGUAUAAUAGGGAAUCCUUAUGUAUAAGAAUAUUUAUUGAAGGUGAAAACUUGUAAACUUGGGCAAUCUGAACAUAUCAAAAUGUGUUCUGUGCAGCAAAUGCUCUGUAGUCAACCGCUACAAUGCCGACACAGACGGUAGGAGACAGCUUAUAAUACCAUGUAUAGAUGCACCGAGCGAUAAACAGAUAAUGAUCUAAUCAUAUUUGAUCAGUAAAUCAUAUGUUAAUACCAGGUAUGUAAACACACCUUAGUUGUGCCCCUUUAUGUGUCCUCCUAUAGCUGAAUGCCCAAACGUUAUCUCCCUAACCUUUCCCUAACCUCUUUUCUUUUUCCUAACCUUUCCCUAAAGCUCCCGAGAUGUUGAAGGGGGAUGUGGUGGGCCCUUCGGCUGACAUUUGGAGUGUGGGCGUGUUGACCUUCAUCAUGUGAGUAUGAGCAAGGCUUUGGGCCAAUGACAUUUGAACUAAUUUGAAACUCAAGCCAAUUCCCAGUUGAUUCAAAUACCAUUCAUGACUUAUGAAUUGUCUCUUUACAGUUCUGUAAUGGUGUUCUUUAAUUAAUUAAUUUCCUGAGUUGACUGAGCUGAAACGGAACUGACAACAAAAGUGUGGCCAUCUACACAGUGUUACAGCUGGACACCUGCUUUACAUGAAUAACAUCUAACUUUAUUUAAAGUGCAUUUAAAUGUCUAAAUACACAAAUUGUUACACAUUAAUAUUUGACUGUGUGAAUUUGUUUAUUUCAAGGGCUCUGUCAAACCUAUUUCAAACCCAUUUCUAACGUUUUCAAGUUGCACAAUCUUUGACUGUGUUUGUUUAUUUCAAGUGCUCUGUCAAACCUAUUUCAAACGUUUUCAGGCUGAGCGGCAGGUUGCCUUUCAUGGAGAAUGAUCCACAGGAGACUGAAGCCAGAAUCUUGGCAGCCAAGUUUGAUGUGGGCAAACUCUACCAGAACGUAUCUCAAAGUGCCUCUCUGUUUUUGAAAAAGGUCCUCUGUAGUUACCCUUGGUAAGCGCAACUGAUAAUUUAUAUAAAUUAAGUGUCCUUUUCUUUUGAUGAAUUGGUCAAUUCAUUAUAUUAUGUACUUUCCGCACUGACAUCGGUAAGUCCUUAUUUUUCUUUGACAUUGCAAUAAAGUAGGGGGGCAUUCUCAACCGUAUGGCAUCUGUCUCACUACACAAAAUUACAAUCAUUGGAUGUUGUUAACUUGAUCUGUACACAUAUUUUGCUGCCAUUGAUAGAUAGUGCAGGAUUGAGGAAUUGAAGUCUUCACACCUACACCCGUUCAACAUGGCUGCCAAUGGCUGCCAUAGCCUGUAAUGAAUGAAUGAUAGAAUUAGUAUUUUUGUGUCGUAUCGCAUUUAUGACCAAUCCCUUAUGAGAUAGUUUGUGAUUUUGAGUUAGGGCUGCUUGACACUGGGUGUGACCUCUGUUUCAGGGCCCGUCCUUCCAUCAAGAACUGCUACAACAACUCAUGGCUCCAGGACGCCUACCUGAUUCGACUGCGGCGGCAGACCCUCACCUUCACCACCACAUGCCUCAAGGACUACCUGGACAAGCAGCAGAAGCUGCGGGCGGGUGUGGCCACCAAGCACAAGGUCCUCCUUCGGUCAUACCAAAGCUCGCCCCAGUCCAACACCAGCCCUAUACCCUCCUCGCCCAUGACACCGGUCAAACAGUGA